UGGAAGAGUAUGAGCAGAUCACGUGUGCUCCUCUUAACUCUCCGAUUGGCCAAGGCUUUCACCCCCGGCACUGCGAGGCCUGGGACACCGGCUGGCGGAGAACUCUGGUCAUCGAUUCAAAGACAGCGAGUCAUGCCUGCCAGGAACCCGCACAAAGCCGCCUGCCCGUGUCCUGCCACUCGCGGCGAUAACACCGGGGGCCGGAUGGACUCAGAGACAAGAGAGAACACCGAGGACGUGGAUAUCGUCAAAUCUCCCAGUGACCCCAAGAAAUACCGGUUUAUACAGCUCAACAGUGGCCUUAGAGUUUUGCUGAUCUCUGAUAUGGCAUCUGCUGGUCACACUGCCUCUUCUGAUUCCUCUGAUGAAGAAGAAGAAGAUGAUGAUGAAGAAGAUGAUGAAGAAGAUGACUCUGAAGAAGACAGUGAGGGAGAAGAAUCUGAAGGUGAUGAUGAGGACGCUGAUGAAAAUGAAGAAUCAGACAGCUUGCAUUCAAGAGACAAGAAAGGCUGUACAGAAAAGCUGUCUGCAGCUGCACUUUGCAUUGGAGUCGGAAGUUUCAGUGAUCCGGAGGACCUGCCAGGAUUAGCGCACUUUUUGGAACAUAUGGUGUUCAUGGGCAGUGAAAAAUACCCAGAUGAGAAUGGUUUUGAUGCUUUCCUUAAGAAACACGGUGGCAGUGACAACGCCUCCACUGACUGCGAACGCACCAUCUUCCAGUUUGAUGUACAGAGGAAACAUUUCAAAGAGGCAUUGGACCGAUGGGCACAGUUCUUCAUAGCUCCACUGAUGGUCCGGGAUGCCAUUGACCGGGAAGUGCAAGCUGUGGAUAGUGAAUAUGAGCUUGCUCGGCCUUCAGACUCUAAUCGUAAGGAGAUGCUUUUUGGAAGUUUGGCAAAGCCUGGUCAUCCAAUGGGCAAAUUCUUUUGGGGAAAUGCACAAACUCUGAAGUAUGAUCCUCAAGAAAAGAAUAUAGACACACAUGCCCGCCUCAGGGAAUUCUACAGAAUGUACUACUCAGCCCAUUAUAUGACUCUGGCUGUACAGUCUAAUGAGACCCUGGAUACUCUAGAAGAAUGGGUGCGAGAGAUCUUCUGCAAAGUUCCAUCCAACGGCUUACAAAAGCCUGAUUUUAGUUAUCUGACAGAACCGUUUGACACCCCUGGCUUUAAUUCCCUUUAUCGAGUUGUCCCAAUUAAAAAGGUUCAUGCUUUGACUAUAACAUGGGCCCUUACUCCCCAGGAAAAGUUUUACAAGGUGAAACCUCUUCACUACAUUUCUUGGCUUAUUGGUCAUGAGGGCAAAGGCAGUAUUCUCUCUUUGCUGCGUAAGAAGUGUUGGGCUCUGGCUCUGUUUGGAGGUAACAGUGAGACUGGGUUUGAGCAGAACACAACAUAUUCAGUCUUCAGCAUUUCCAUAACAUUGACAGAUGCAGGAUAUGAACACUUCUAUGAGGUUACUCACAUUGUGUUCCAGUAUAUCAAAAUGUUGCAACAGCUGGGUCCACAAGAAAGAAUUUUCCAGGAAAUUCAGAAAAUAGAGGCCAAUGAGUUUCAAUAUCAGGAACAGACCGAUCCCAUUGAAUUUGUAGAGAAUAUUUGUGAAAAUAUGCAACUAUUUCCCAAAGAGGAUUUCCUGACUGGAGACCAGCUGCUCUUUGAAUACCACCCUGAUGUAAUUGCAGAUGCUCUUCGAGGCCUUACUCCUGACAAAGCAAACCUGCUGCUUCUUUCUCCUGCCAAUGAGGGCAAGUGUGACCUGAAGGAGAAGUGGUUUGGCACUCAGUACAGUGUUGAAGAUAUCAGUGCACAAUGGAACGAUCUGUGGGCUACCGACUUCCCAUUAAAUGCAGACCUUCACCUUCCAGCAGCAGAAACAAGUUCAUUGCCACUGACUUCACUCUGAAAACCUCCGACUGUCCAGACACAGAGUAUCCGGAGAAGAUUGUGAACAUUGAGCAGGGCAGCUUAUGGUAUAAAAAGGACAACAAGUUCAAGAUACCUAAAGCUUACAUGCGCUUUCAUCUCAUCUCUCCAUUAAUCCAACAGUCACCUGAAAACUUGGUUCUCUUCGACAUUUUUGUCAAUAUUCUGGCUCAUACACUGGCAGAACCUGCCUAUGAAGCAGAUGUUGCUCAGCUCGAAUAUAAACUGGUAGCUGGAGAACAUGGCCUUGUCAUCAAAGUGAGGGGGUUCAACCACAAGCUUUCACUUCUCUUUGAAUUGAUCAUUGACCACCUGGCAGACUUCAUAGCUUCUCCUGACGUAUUUGAGAUGAUCACACAGCAGCUGAAAAAGACCUACUUCAAUCUUCUUAUAAAACCAGAGAAACUGGGCAAAGAUGUUCGCCUCAUCAUCCUGGAACAUAAUCGCUGGUCUAUGAUUGAGAAAUACAGGACCAUUCUGAAGGGUGUGAGCUUGGAGCAGCUGAACUCUUUUGUAGACGAGUUCAAGUCCCGUCUUUAUGUGGAGGGCUUAGUACAGGGCAACUUCACCAAUAAGGAGUCUGCAGAGUUCCUGAACUAUGUUAUAAGAAAGCUGCAAUAUCUGCCUCUGGAACAGAUGAUUCCUGUGCAGUUCCAGGUAGUAGAGCUUCCGACUGCUCAUCACUUGUGUAAAAUCAAAUCCCUAAAUAAAGGGGAUACCAACUCUGAGGUCACUGUGUACUACCAGUCUGGUGCUAAGAAUUUACAUGAAUACACACUGAUGGAGCUCUUGGUGAUGCAUAUGGAAGAACCUUGCUUUGAUUUUCUGAGGACGAAGCAGACAUUGGGAUACCAUGUGUAUCCAACCUGCAGAAACACAUCUGGAAUUCUGGGAUUUUCAGUCACAGUGGAAUCACAAGCAAAUAAGUACAACUCUGAAGUGGUAGACAAGAAAAUAGAAGAGUUUCUGGUUUGUUUUGGUGAAAAAAAUCAACAGCUUGACUGAUGAAGCUUUUAAAACACAGGUAAAGGCUUUGAUAAAGCUGAAGGAGUGCGAGGACACCCAUCUUGGCGAGGAGGUGGACAGGAACUGGGGGGAAGUGCUGACUCAGCAGUAUCUCUUUGACCGCCUGGAACAUGAGAUAGAGGCCUUGAAGACCUUUAAAAAGACAGACAUGACCAGCUGCUUCCAGGAGCAUCGGGGGUGUGACAGGAGGGUACUAAGUGUACAUGUGGUUGGAUUUGGUGAGAAGGAGCCUGAUUCUGUGCCUUCUCAAACACCCUCUGAAGAACCUGAAUCUUCUUAUGGCAACAUUACCAGUCUCACCUUCCUUCCUCCUUCUCCGCUCAUGGCAGACGCUGUGCCAAUUAGUGACAUCCAUAGCUUUACUUCCACCCUAAAAUUGCUACCAUACCACAAGAUCAUCAAGUGA